AUGUCGACUUUUGUAAUAACCUAUGCACUCAUUCUACUCUUGUUGCCAUAUGGCAACACUCAUCCGGAUCCCCGGAAAACUUCAAAAUCAAAAUUGAGACAAACAAGUGUCGAAGUACCGGAAAACAUAGUCAUACCCGGAGUUAUCGUUGGAGGUGAUACCAAGUAUGGUUCGAUGAAAGAAAAGCCCCAUUUCGGUAAAGCCGUGAGUCCUUCUGACGUCAUGGAUCAGAUUAUUAAUAUUUUGGAAACCAAAAGUGGGACGACCGAAAGUGUCGUCACUAUAUCGCCGACGACUAAAGUCUACACUCCGGUUGCGGUCAAGAACAAAGAUCCGAAGGUAGUCCUGGAGCAUUUGGAGGACAUCAUAUCGGCUUUGAAGCAUCUGUCGAAGGAGGCGAAGAAGAACGAGGAAAGUGACAAAGGGGAUGAGGACAAGAAAGAGAGGGAAGAGGACAAGAAGGAUGAGGACAAGAAAGAGAAGGAAGAGGAUAAGCAGGAGCGGGAUGAGAAAAAGAAAGAGAAGGAAGAGGAUAAGAAGGAGCGGGAUGAGGACAAGAAAGAGAAGGAAGAUAACAAGAAAAAUGACGAAGAUUAUAAGAAAAUUGAUAUAUCGACACAGAAAUAUGAGAAGGAAGAGGACAAGAAAGAUAAGACAGAGGACAAGAAAGAGAAGGAAGAAGACAAGAAAUAUAAUCAAAAGGACAAGAAAGAGAAGGAAGAGGACAAGAUAGAAAAUCAAGAGGACAAGAAAGAGAGGGAAGAGUACAAAACAUAUAAUCAAAAGGAUAAGAAAGAGAAGGAAGAGGACAAGAUAGAAAAUCAAAAAGACAAGAAGGAGAAGGAAGAGGACAAGAAAGAGAAAGAAGAGGACAAGAAAGAUAAGGAAGAGGACAAGAUAGAAAAUCAAAAAGACAAGAAAUAUAAGAAAGAGCACAAGAAAGAACGAGAGGAGAAAAAGAGGGAUGAAGAAGAUUAUAAGAAGGUUGAUGUAUCGAGGCAAAAAUAUGAGGAUUCCAACGACGAAUCAUACCACAAAGCCGAAGACGAAGACCGCCAAUCGCGCCUUUUGAACCUCCUCAAAACCUACAUAAAACGAGCAUCAUCAUCAUACCCUACAACCCUUACCACAACCCCUAUGACACCCACAAGACAUACCCACACACCGGCUCCUUAUUACGGAACCCAGUACCCUAAUAUCAAAAUCAACCAAGAGAUACGGAUUUCAACUGUAUCACCGCCGAGAAGAUGCAAUGAACACCACCAUACCAGGAAAUGUACUACUACCACUACCACCUGUAUGAUGUCUGAUGAGAAUUUGAACCAGACUACGAGCAAUAGGGUACCGAAUGUCAUCAAAAUGUUGGAAACUAGCAAACAUCUUAUACCCGAUGAGGAGGAAUUGCUAAGGGCGAUUGUGCCGCUGUUUGUACUUCAGCAGGCGAAUACUAAGAAGUUACCGGAGAGCGAAAAUUGCAGUUGCCAGAUCACACCGGUCAAUGUAACAGUUUCUACAGUGGAAAAUAUAACUCUUGUCGUUGAUGAAACGGACACGACUUCUGGUAAGUAA